GAGAGGCAGCGCUGAAGGAUGUGUGGGCGAACAUCCUGUCACCUACCACUCGAUGUCCUCACCAGAGCUUGUGCCUAUCACGACAAGCAGGGCCGGCAGCGUCUCCCUGAGUGGAAGGACCCGGACAAGUAUUGCCCCUCCUACAACAAGAGCCCUCAGUCCACCAGCCCGGUGCUCCUGUCUCGUUUGCACUUCGAGAAGGGCGCAGACUCGUCUGAGCGUGUCAUCGCUCCCAUGCGAUGGGGCUUGAUUCCAUUUUGGUUCAAAGAGUGCGACCCUUCCAGUUGGAAGUUCAGCACCUCCAACUGUCGGAGUGACACCAUCAUGGAGAAACGGUCCUUCAAGGUGCCUCUGGGAAAGGGGAGACGCUGUGUGGUUUUAGCAGAUGGGUUCUACGAGUGGCAGCGGCUUCAGCUCUCCAGCCAGAGGCAGCCAUACUUCAUCUACUUCCCCCAAACCAGGACAACAAAGUCAGACAACACGGAGACCGCAGGCAGUUCUGAGGUCUGGGAGGAGAAAGUCUGGGACAACUGGAGGCUGCUGACAAUGGCCGGGAUCUUCGACUGCUGGGAGCCCCCAGAGGGAGGGGACUGCCUGUAUUCCUACACCAUCAUCACGGUGGAUUCCUGCAAAGGCUUGAACAGCAUCCACCCCAGGAUGCCAGCCAUAUUAGACGGUGAGGAGGCAGUGUCCAGAUGGCUCGACUUUGGUGCAGUCUCAACCCAGGAAGCGCUGAAGUUGAUCCACCCCACAGAGAACAUCACCUUCCACCCAGUCUCCUCCACAGUGAACAACUGUCGAAACAACACACCAGAGUGUCUGACUCCUAUCGACUUACUGGACAAAAAGGAAACCAAGGCAAGUGGGAGCAGCCAGAAAAUGUUGCAGUGGCUGGCCACAAAGUCACCCAAAAAGGAAGACCCCAAGACACCCGAAAAGGCAGAGUCAGGUGUGCCCCAGUGGUCCAGCCAGUGCCUGCAGAGGAGCCCCCUGGCCCCCAAGAGAGGCAGCGCGGGGCUCCUGGCGCGCUGGCUGAAGCAGGAGGAGCCGGAGGCCAAGCGGCCGCACUGCCAGUGAAGCUGGACUUUCAGGAUCGAGGCCGCCGUUCACUGCCCGAGUACAGCUGAGACAGGCUCUUGCUUAGUAUGUGUCUGGAUUUGCUUUGGGCGGAAAUGGAGCAGGGCCGCUGGCCGCUGCGGGUCUGGCUCACACCUGGCUCGGCGCCGCUAGCAGGGGGCUGAGCCGCCUUCAGCUGUUUCAGUCUUCUAAAAUUAAGUUCUCUGUAUUUUUCUGGAUAUAUUUAAUAAACCGUCUACC